GGGAGAUAAUGGACUUGAAUGUGUGGCUGAGGAACUGGUGCAGAAAACAAGGAUUCAAAUUCUUGGAUCACUGGGGUAUGUUUUGCGUACUGGCUGUUCACCCAAUUAAUGCAAAUUAUGAGGAAUCGAUUAAAACUCCUAACUGUGCGCAGUACCAUACAAGAGCAUGCUCAAGGAUUCGGGACCCAGUCUGUGGAACAAAUGAAAUAACAUUCCCUAACGAGUGUAUGUUGUGCUUACACAAUUGGGAAUAUAGUCAGAAUGUGAAGAUAAGGAAGAAUGGAAAUUGUUGAAGUGAACAGAAAGUAACUAAGCAGUGGGGAACCUUGAG